AGAUGAUUGUCACAUACUGUCGUGAAGGGGGGUGCAAACUGUAGCAUCUUUUUUUGUCCAUGAAUAAUAAAGGUUGUGACAAUGGGAAAAUAAUGAAGUGUAUAUAGCUGACGCAGAAAUAAUUGGUCUAGAAGAAUUAAUCACCCAGAGGACCAACAAUGACGCCGAAACGAAAGACAACGAGUUCGGAGUCGACUUCCUCGAGUUCCUCAGGUUCUUCCUCGAGUAGUUCCUCCACUUCUGGAAGUGACUCCAGUUCUUCAGACACUGAAAAUACGAGUAGUUCAGCUCGAAGCCAAAAAGCAUCAGACUCCGAGAGGAAUAAAAAGAAAGCGCUAGUUCCACCAAACAAACAUGGAAAAUCCAAGGGUGAAUCAAUAGCUGGGGGACCUGAGGCCAAAAGUAAAGAGAAAUCAAUUCUAAAGCCACGUCCAACAGUGGUUUACUCGUCAGAGUCUGAGGAAUCACCAACAAAAUCGAAAUCCUCGGCCAAAAGGAAACCUCCCACAAAGCCUAAAGCAACAGCUACUGUUGCUCCGGUAAUAAAGGCUCAGAGGCCAUCUGGCAAGGCUAAUCAUGUCCCCUCCCAGCAACAUAAGAAUGCUCUAGCUUCCAAAUUGCUCCACAAUAAGAAUAAACUCUCUGGUGGUGUGACUAGUACUAGCAAAUUGUUGGAUAAAAGUGCUAAAAAUUCUGCUGAACCACUGCAGAAGAAAUUGAAGAAGAAGAGUAUUUUCAGCCCUGAGAAUAGCAGUGAGAGUGACAGUCCUUCUCCUCCUAAAUCCACCAUCAAGGGUAGUAGCAAUGUGGCCAAGUCUAAACCACCUCCGAAGCCGAAGACUAGUGAGUCAAAAUCCAGACCACCACUAAACCGACCCAGUCUAGUUACAAGACAACAGAUAAAAUCUGAGAGCUCAGUGAGUUCAAAGAGUUGUUCAGGUGGUUCUGGUGGUUCUGGAUCGUCAGGUUCAUCUGAUAGCAGUUCAGACUCUGACUCAUCCGACAGUGCUCCAAGCCCUCAGCCACCUGCAAAAAAAAAGGAUACACAUUCGUCAAGUAAUAUUUCGAGUUCACCCCCAAAGCGACCUUCAGUGGCUGUGGCUGCUGUCAAACCACAGAAAAAUAUAAAGCGUCCAGUGUUGAAGAGUGAAGACGAUGCUUCAGAAAGCGAUAAAUAUGAGGAUAAAUAUGAGCCCCCUGGGAGAAGCUCAAUGGCAUCGUCUCCAAAAGGAAAGAAAAAAAUAGUUCCGCGAAAGGGUAGUAAAUUAAUUCAAUCUCAGAUUAAAGAAGAAAGCGAUUCUGAGUCUGAUACAGACAUUAAGAGGAGUACGAGUAAAUCAUCUGUGAAGAGAGCAGCAGGAAGACACUCGUCAGCAACAUCAAGGACCACUCAUGGUUCAGGUGGUUCAGGAAGAGGAUCACAGAGUACAUCAGCACGAUCACGCUCAGUCAAAGAGCGAGAAUGCCCUCUGGCAACGACAUGCGAGUCUUUCGGCCACUUGUCAGGCAAAUUUGAUAUGCAUUUCACACUGGAGGCGUGUCCACUGUAUCAUAAUACAACACCACAGGCGUGUGUGGAUUUUUAUAAGGAGCGCAAAAAACACGAGGAUGAGCGUAAAAAAGCUUUGACGAAUAUGGGGAAAAAAUCACCAAAAGUGAUGCACCAGACCAACGAUCAAAGGAAUUAUCAAUUAAAGGUCAAAGACUUGAGGUCAAAACGAAGUCGGCCAAAUGGGGAUGGCAAUGAUAGUGAUAGCGAGGGUGAGCCCCCUGGGAUUGAAAAGGAUCGGCAGCCCCGGUUGACUGGCCUCACUUCGGAUUACGAUCUGAAAUUGUUCAUGGAGGCACAAGCACUUGCCAGUGAAAAAAUUGAAAAGGAACUGAAUGAUCUUGAUUACGAGGGUGAGGGCCGUAAUGGGGGUGGUACAAAGUGUGUGGAAAUGGGAAAGUGGGAGAUGGAGGUUUGGUACCAGAGCCCAUACCCCGAGGAAUUCAGCAGAGCUCCGAAGCUGUACUUGUGUGAAUUCUGUUUGCGGUAUGCCAAGAGCAAGCAAGUUCUGAGGAGGCACCGGGAAAAGUGUGUAUGGAAGCACCCGCCUGGCCAUGAAGUCUAUAGAAAAGACAAGAUAGGAGUUUGGGAAGUGGACGGUAAGCGGUACAAACAGUACUGUCAGAAUCUCUGUCUGUUGGCAAAAUUUUUCCUCGACCACAAGACCCUCUACUACGAUGUGGAGCCCUUUCUCUUCUACGUAAUGACAAUCAAUGACUCUGAGGGCUGCCAUACCGUCGGUUACUUCAGUAAAAUGAAGGCGGGUCUAUUUGAAAUGGAGAAAAAUUCAUUCUUGAAUUACAAUGUCUCAUGUAUUCUCACUCUGCCGCCCUAUCAGCGUCAGGGAUAUGGAAGGCUUCUCAUUGACUUCAGUUAUCUGUUAACGAGGGUUGAGAAGAAAAUAGGCUCACCAGAGAAGCCAUUGUCCGAUCUUGGUCUCAUAUCGUAUCGUAGCUAUUGGAAAGAUGUGCUACUGCAGUACCUUUGUAACUUCGGUGGAAAGGAGCUUUCAGUAAAAGACAUCAGCAAAGAGAUGGCGAUUGACUCGUACGACAUUGUGAGCACCCUCCAGGCCCUCGGUAUGAUGAAGUACUGGAAGGGAAAACAUAUUAUUCUUAAGAAACAGGAUGUGAUCGACGACUACAAGGAGAGGGUCAAACGACGUGGUCCCAUCUACAAAGAAAUCGAUCCGGAGUGUCUGAAAUGGAAUCCUUUCCAGCCACCCAAGACGCCCUCAGCCACUAAUUGAGCUCAGACGAGCAGCAAGGGACAAUGAUCUCAUUGAUGCCACCAGACAUCACCGACUACCAACACUCACAAAGUCCUUUUCCCCCAUUUCAUUUUUCGUUGCCAUCACCCCUCCGUAGAAGCUAAUAUAAGGGAGGUUCACCCUGGUCAUGUAUGGCUAACCAUCGACGGACGUUAUCCAAGGGGGUAAAGACAAAAAAUAUAUCUUACCACUUGCAUGAAAGAAUAACCUCUGUCGCUCUAUUUUCAACUUUUACUCCAUCAGCUAAUCAGCUAAUAUUUUAUGAGAUUACUUUCUUCAUAAUGAAAAUUCUCGCUGAUGGGAUUUUCGUUAAUUAAUUAAUUAAUCUCGUGCCUUAAUCACUAGAAACUUGAAUUACACAGGAUUUUAGGAUGAAAUAAUGUGCAAAUGGAUGAGAGUUAUUUUUCAACUUUAAUUACAAUUAAUUACUUGGAAAGGGGAGAAAAAUACCUCAAGUUAUAUUGGGGGCGAUCAAUGUGUAAUAUACCGGAAGCAAUCAUUUCAGGUGGCUUUCUCGUGCAUUCAAAUGAAGUACAAAUUAGUCAUAUUUGACUCAUUACCGUGUCAACUGUGAGAAUAUUUGUAAUGUUAUGUAAAUAUAAUGAUUGAGUGGAACAAUGA